ACUAACUCCAGCUUUGGCCAUCUCGGUCUGAUUGAAACUGACACAUUGACCUGCUCGCCACGAUGACUACACCUACGCUGAUCAACCUCCCUCCUCCUCCCUCGGACCCCGUCACUCCGUCGGAUAUGGGACCAGGCACACCCAACUCCGGCACCACCUCCCUGUCCGCUCUAUCCACCACAGCCAUCAAAGACGGCCACCAGGGCCAGCCAUUCCCUCACGGCCGCCACGCGCACCAGUCGUCUUCCGCCUCGACCUCAUCCACCACCACUUUGGAAGCCGAGCGUGCCGACCGCAUUUCCCGCCUAGCCGGCCUCGAGCGAAUCGCUACCGCGCGACAGGGCCAGUCGCCAUCCAAUGCCGCACAGCACGUAUCGCACGGCCCGGGCUACUUCGACAGCCACGGCGCCCUGAAGGAGCGAAGCACCGUCGGCAGCGCCAGCGCUACAGGUAGCUUUGGCGGGCACACGACCUGGGCCAGCGGCAGCGAUGCCUUCGAAGCCGACAAGAUGAGCGAAGGACCCGAUGUAGACGACGGCCUCUCGAGCGUCGGCAACAUGAGCGACGAAGGAAACGCCAGCCUGGUCGGAUUUGGCGAGGGCGCCAACAGCACCAUUAGCGGCCCUACUUCGCACCCUCCUGGCCUCAAUCGAAUUUCCUCGGGUGGUGUCAAUGCUCGUCCUACUUCCAUGAGCUCCAAUGUUAGUCGGCCUACCCCUCUCGCCUCAUACCUUCAGCAGCAGCAGCAACAUGCUGGUGACAAUUCUAUGAUGUCUCCUUCGCCUACGGGCUCGACAACCCCCGAACCGGUGACCGAGGAUGCUCGCAUGGUUGAUGGCAUGACCUUUGACUCGGGUGUGGUUGAUACCACUGCUCGUACUCCGCGGCUUGUCACUCCGAACCAGAGCAGCAGUGGAUUUGAUGUUCCGAAACGGGAAUGA